GCAGCGAAGAGGCCUGGGGGGCACUUCAGGCUCCGCAACAGCAGCAGAGUCCGGCAGCAUCUUCUCUUGAGGGAGCAAUUUGGAGACGAGCUGGAACCCAGACUCGCGCCCUGGAUGCCAUCCUUUAUCAUCCACAGCAAUCCCAUCUGGUUGGGAGCACUGCUCUGGCUUCGAGAGCUGUGCCCAGGAGUGAAUACCCAGCCCUACCUCUGUGAGAGUGGCCAUUGCUGUGGGGAGACUGGCUGCUGCACCUACUACUAUGAACUCUGGUGGUUCUGGCUGCUUUGGACUGUCCUCAUCCUCUUUAGCUGUUGUUGUGCCUUCCGCCACCGAAGAGCUAAACUCAGGCUGCAACAGCAACAGCGGCAGCGUGAAAUCAACUUGUUGGCUUACCAUGGGGCGUGCCACGGGGCUGGCCCUGUUCCAACUGGUUCACUGCUUGACCUUCGUGAGUGACUUGGCUCUUGGGUGCAGAACCAGUAGCCCCUCCCAAGCCAGGACCCUCAACCGCACUUCUACUGGCAGACAUUUCAGAGCAUUUUCCCCUAAAAGGAGAGAUGGCUGUUCUAGCUCAGGUCCUUCAGUCAUCCAUGCUGUUCUCUCUCCCGCAGGCCUCCUCAGCGCCUUCAAACCCCCAGCCUAUGAGGAUGUGGUUCACCACCCAGGCACACCACCACCUCCUUACACUAUGGCCCCUGGUCACCCUUUGACUACUUCCAAUGAAUGCACCCGCUGUUCUUCCGAAUCCAGCUGCUCUGCCCAGUCGGAGGGGACAAGUGUAGAAGGUGUUUCCUCCAACCAGAGUGCUCUCCCUCCUCAGGAGGGUGAGCCCAGGGCAGGAGUGAGCCCAGUCCACACACCCCCUUCCUGCCGCUAUCGACACCUGACUGGUGACUCAGGGAUUGAGCUCUGCCCUUGUCCUGACUCCAGCGAAGGUGAGCUAGUCAAGGAGCUGAGGGCUAGUGCCACCCAACCAGACCUGGAGGACCAUUCCCCUUGUGCACUGCCCCCAGAGCCUAUGUCCCAGGUCCCUCCCGUGGGGCUGGCUUCUAGUUAUGGGGACAUCCCAUAAGUAGUUUCAAGAGGAAAACUGGGUAUUACUUGGCACCAGGAUUCAGCCCUGGUUCAACUGCAGUUCUCCAUGUGGGACCCUCUCCACCCUCCUAGAAGAUGCCUGAAAGGGCUGAAGCCCUGAAGAGGGGCAAUACUGAGGACUGUGCUAUCUUUACUCACUCCCAAAACAUACACAGGAGCCUUUAAUCUCAUUAAAGAGACAUGAACCAGC